AUGAAAAACAAAGAGCUUGAGGCUGCAAAGGCUUUGAAGGAGCACGAGUUCUAUAUGUUGAACAAAGUUGUUGAAAGUAUGCUUGGAACGUCGAUUGAACAAAGGUUCAAAGAGAUUCAAGUUGAAGAGCUUAGGGCUAAACGCCAAGUUGAGAUUGAUGAACAGAUGAAAGAUAAGGGUAAAGGUACUGAAGGCAGUGUGGCAGUUGCAGAAAGACCAAUUGUUCCAUCCUUGGUCAUUGAGAAUCCUGUACCGAUAUCAUCUAUUUCUGGUGUUUUUGAGGAAGAUGUAUCUUUAGAAGAUCUUGCUGGUAGCGAUGAUAAAGAUGAUGAUGAGGAUGAUGAUGAAGAGGGUGAUGACGAGGAAGAUGACGAUGAUGAGAAAGUAUUUUCUGCUAGCAGUCAUGGUGUAACACCCCGAAAACGGGAGAAUAAAUACUUUGAGAAAAGUAAGUUUAUAAGAAGCCCGAGUUAA